AUGCCAUUUGAUAGAGAAAUUCAUAUUGAAUGUCGAACGAUUCAGGCAACUCCUGGAUCUGGUGAUCCAUUCGCUUUAUUCAACCCUGACAUUUUCCUGCGCGAAAUCGUAUCCAACGCGUCGGAUGCCAUCGACCGCGCCCGGUUCGAGGCCGUCACCAACGCGACCGUUGCCGAGCCUGAUGGCGGUUGGAAAAUAAAAAUUACUCCCGACGAAGACGCCAACACCCUCACCAUUUCCGAUACCGGUAUCGGCAUGAACGCGGAGGAGAUCGCGGCCAACAUCGGGACCAUCGCCAAUUCCGGCACCCGUAAAUUUCUCGAAGAACUGCAGAAGGGCGAUGCCAAAGAGUCCCUCGAACUCAUCGGCCAGUUUGGCGUUGGUUUUUACAGCGCGUUUAUGGCGGCCGACAAAGUGACGGUGAUCACCCGCCGCGCCGGCGGCGACGAAGCCGCCCUCAAAUGGGAAAGCACCGGCGACGGCACCUACACCCUUGAACCCGCCGAACGCGACACCUUCGGCACCGACAUCAUCCUCCACCUCAGCGAAGGCAAGGACAAGUACCUCAAGGAAUGGACCAUCCGCGAGAUCAUCAAAAAGUAUUCGGACUACGUCGCCUUCCCCAUUGUCAUGGACGUCUCCCGCGAAGAGCCCAUCCCCCUCCCGAGGGCGAGGAACUGGCGAGGGCGAAGAGCCCAAAACCGAAACCGUGGUCAGCGAAGAGGUGCUCAACUCCAUGAAGGCGAUCUGGACCCGCUCCAAAAGCGAGGUCACCGACGAGGAAUACAGCGAGUUCUACAAAGCGCAGUUCCACGACUACCAGGAUCCCGCGGAAGUCAUUCACUACAAAGCCGAGGGCAACAUCGAAUUCAACGCACUGCUGUACCUCCCGGGCAAACAGCCUUUCGACAUGUUCAGCGAGCACUCCGAGCACGGCGUCCAACUCUACGUGAAGCGCGUGUUCAUCAUGGACAAGUGCAAGGACCUGCUCCCGCCCUACUCCGGUUUGUGAAGGGGGUGGUCGACUCCAGCGACCUGCCCCUCAACGUUUCGCGCGAAAUUCUCCAGGAGGAUGCGCUGAUCCGUAAAAUCCAGAAGAACCUGGUCAAACGCAUCCUCAAAACCCUCGCCGAAACCAAAGAGAAGGAUCUGGACAAGUACCUCGCCUUCUACGAGGAAUUUGGCCGGGUCAUCAAGGAAGGCGCUCACAGCGAUCACGAAAACCGUGAAAAAAUUCACGAUUUGCUGUUGUUCGAAUCGUCCAAAAACGACGCGGGCAAACUGAUCAGCCUCAAGGAUUACGUCGACAACAUGCACCCGGAUCAAAAGGAGAUUUACUACAUCUCCGGCACCAGCCGCGAAGCGGUGGAGAAUUCACCCCUGCUCGAAGCGUUUAAAUCCAAGGGCUUCGACGUGCUGUUCAUGAUCGAUCCCAUCGACGAAUGGGUCAUGCAGAACCUGAACAAGUACAGCGAGAAGGACAUCAAAGCGGUGCACCGCGGCGAAGUCGAUCUCGAUUCCGAAGACGAGAAAAAAGAAAAGGAAGAGGCGCGCAAGGAGGCCAAAGAAAAGUUCAGCGACCUCACUGAACUCCUCCAGAAAAAACUCGAUGACGACAUCAAGGAGGUCCGCAUCUCCGACCGCCUCACCGACAGCGCGGUCUGUCUCGUCGCGGAUCAGUACGAUAUGGAUCCCAACAUGGAGCGGAUCAUGAAGGCCAUGGGCCAGGAAGUGCCCAAGACCAAGCGCAUCCUCGAGAUCAAUCCCGGCCACCCCUUCAUUGCCGCGAUUCAGGAUCUCGCCAACAAAGACGCCGAAAGCAACAAGCUGGACGACUACGCCCACCUGCUGUUCGAACAGGCGCUGAUCGCCGAGGGCUCCGCCCCCAAAGAUCCCGCCCGCUUCUCCAAACUGCUCAGCGAAAUGAUGCUCGCACACAGCGGCGCGUAA